AUGCGGGGUGAAUAUGAAGGACUACAAGCUUUAAUCAGAGAAAUAAACCCAGCAGCAAUUUAUACAUGGUGCUAUGCACAUAGACUUAGUUUGGUUGUUGUUCAAAUGUCAAGCUGUUCAGCUAAUGCAGUUGAUACAUUUGGGAAUCUGGAGCAAUUGUAUGCACUGAUUUCAAAUAGUAAAAAGCGCGUAGCGAUAUAUGAAAAUAUGCAAAAAGAAAGAAAUCCAAAAGCAAGAGUGCAUAGACUUAAAAGAGUAGAAACCACUCGUUGGAUGUCAUACUCGUCAGCACUGAAUACAGUAUUAUUAACAUAUGACAUAGUCAUAAAUACAUUAGAACAGAUAAAAAUAACUGAAAAUGCAGACUUCAAAGCCAGAUCUAAAGCUACGGGCUUAAUAGAUUUCUUUUUGUCAGAAAGAUUUGUUUUGACAGCAAUCUGUUAUAAAAAUCUAUUCAAUAUUUUAGACCCAGUAACAAAAAUGUUUCAAAGUCAAGAUAUUGAUUUACUAGGUGCAGUAAAUAGUCUUCAAGCAGUCUCGAGCAGCAUCAAACGCUUGAGAUCUGAUGAUGCAUUUAACGACUUGUGCAAUGAAGCAACAAAAUUUAUGAAUAAAUCGGAGUUUACAUUUACUUCAUUACCAAUACAGCGUAGUAGAAAGAAUAAGUUAUUGUCUGCAAUUACUUGUAUUGAAGAACGCUUCCAUUCAAAAUCUCAAGAAUUAUUGAAAGAUAUUUCUUUAUUUUCUGUUUCAGUUCUGAAAAAAACAAAAUCUGACCCUAACACAUUACCAAAUGAUGCAUUUAAUAAAUUUUGUUCUCAAUGUUUACAUCCUAGUUCUGCAACUAUUGAUAAUAAAGAAAGUUCUUCAGAUUUAGAAGACAGCGAUGAAGAAGAAGAAAAAGAAGAUACCGUAUGUCAUACUUCCGGAUUACAGAGCAUUUUCCCGACAUUAUACAUGGCUCUUCAAAUCGCAUGUACACUACCUGUGUCUAGCACAACACCAGAGCGGACGUUCUCUAAAUUAAAAAUUGUUAAAAACCGAUUGAGGACAACAAUUAGUCAGGACCGCUUAGAGCAAUGA